ACGCAGACAGACAGACAGACAGACAGGAGGGCAGGUACUCGGAGCCGGAAGAAGCAGCAGGUCGAUCUGAUCCUCAUAGUACUUUGUCCACUGGGUGUUUCUUAGAUUCCAAAACUCCGCCGUGCGCUUUUUUCCUACCUCUUUUCUAAAAAAAAAAAAAGAAAACAAAAAACAAAACGCGCUUUAUUUCUGAAAGACUCGGUGGGAACAUGACGGAACAAGGGAAGAAGCUGAUUCUGAUCGUGGUGGAUAUUCUUUGUGUCAUUGUUGCGGCUCUGCCCUCAGGCAUCCUCACGCUGAUGUUCAGUCCUUACCAGAGAGGAAUCUACUGCGAUGACAAGACCAUCAGCUACCCCUACAGGAGAGACACCAUCUCCCACGGAGCCAUGGCUGCCGUCACCAUCACCUGCUCCAUAGUCAUUAUCACUACAGGAGAGGCUUAUCUGGUCCACACCAAACGUCUGCACUCCAACUCCCACUUCAACCAGUACCUGUCGGCUCUCUACAAGGUGGUGGGGACCUACAUGUUUGGAGGAGCCGUCAGCCAAUCGCUGACCGACCUGGCAAAGUUCACCAUAGGUCGCCCUCGUCCGAACUUCUUAUCCGUGUGCGCUCCGGUCAGCUGUACCGGAUACAUGCUGCAGAUCAACUGUACCGGAAACCCACGCAAUGUGACUGAAUCCAGGUUAUCCUUCUACUCCGGCCACUCGUCCUUCGGGAUGUACUGCAUGCUCUUUCUGUCGCUCUACAUUCAGGCCAGAAUGCAGGGAAAGUGGACGAGGCUGGUCCGACCCACCAUCCAGUUCUUCCUGAUGGCGUUUGCUGUGUAUGUUGCCUACACGAGAGUCUCUGACUACAAACAUCACUACAGUGACGUCCUGGUUGGACUGCUGCAGGGAGCUCUCAUCGCCGUGCUCACGGUCCGAUACGUGUCUGAUUUCUUCAAGCAGCGUCCUCCACGCUGCACGCGACCCGACGCGGCAGAGAUCGAACACCUUGAAUGCAAACCGAGGCCGCAGCCUUCAGACUCACGGCAGGAAAACCACUACAACUGCUCUGGAACUGUAUGAGCUCCUCACCACAGCUACUCUCACUAACCCGGGCUGACAGUCUCUUAACAGCAGCUCCGUUACCAAAGGACUUGUACAGUACAAAAAAAAAAGAAAAAAGAAAACACAGCGCAGUCCACAACUAUUUUACAACUAUGAAAACUUGGGAUUCCCAAAACCUGUUGGAACAGAAGCCCGACCGCCUGCAUGUCUUUCAGUUUGGGUGUGUGUGUUGCAAAAAUAUGCCUGAUUUAUGGUGGGGUGUUUUUUUUGUUUGUUUUUUUUUUUUGUACGUGUGUGUUGGUAUGUGCAAUGAUUCUAACAAUGUCUUUUUCUUAAUUGUCUCCUGCCAGACGAGUAAAACAGAUUUGUGUGGGAUGAUUCAUGCUGUGAGUUGAGCUGAAAAGUGACUGACUGCUAAAGAAAUCUGUCAAAUUUCAAAAAACCCAAUCUGAGAGACAAAAACUUUCCACUUCGUUACAGUCCGAUAAGACUGUUGCUAUGUUAUCUACACUGGAGCUAGAUUGUAUCUGCCUGUCCCUGACACUUACUUGUCACGUUUUCUCUGCAGAUAUCUGUAUUUUACUGUCUUCAGAAGAAGUGUAACGACAAACUCCUUCCACUGAUAUUUAGUAUACUUACAUGAUAAUGUAUAGUGCUAACAUUUUUAUUUUGUUAAUAACUACUUUAUCUAAUAAAUUGUGUAGCUUUUUAAGAAUUUAUUACCACUGAUUUGCUGUGACAUUACAGUGAAAGCUUCUGCGCUGGCGACAUUUUUCCGCCUGUUUUUAUUUUGUCGAGACAAACUUUACCUUUUAAAGAUUGGAACAGGACAAAUAGAGACAUUACUGGGACAAAGUCAUCCCAUAAACUCAGUAUUUUCAGUUUCCUUGCACCUCCAAUGCUUCUGGAACCAUUUCAAGUCGAACACAAAGUAAAUACACCUUCAUGAACCUCUUCCUUCCUUUAUUAUAACACUGUGUAAUCCAUUGUGAAACUGUACAGAAUGUAAUCAUUUUUUUCCUUCUGUCAGUUGUUUUUUUUGUUAGCAGUUUUUCCAUAAAUAUUAGCCAGCA